AUGAACACCAACGCAGAUCGAGACUUUCACCACCCAUAUGAGCCGUACGAUAUUCAGAAACAGUUUAUGAAUGCAGUCUAUGACUGUCUAGAGGAUAGCAAGGUCGGUAUUUUCGAGUCGCCAACAGGAACCGGCAAAUCGUUGAGUCUAAUCUGCGGCUCCCUGACUUGGCUGCGUGACCAUAAACGCCGGAACUUCGAAGAUGGUUUCGAGAUCGACACAACGAGUAUUGACGAUCCGCCUUGGAUGCUCGAGCAUGCCCGAAACCAGCGGAAGCAGGACGCUUUCCGCCGUAGACAGGAGCUCAAUGAUCGUCUUGCAAAGAUCAAAGCCAAAGAGAAACGCACCAAAGAGCGCUCUGCUGCCGGGGGCUCGGUCUACAAACGACAAAAAGUCGACUCAGAUGACGCUAGUGAGAAGGGUGCUGAGUCACAAUUCGCGCUCGAGGACUAUGAUUCUGAUACAGAACGUGGCAGCGACGCAAAGGUUGACAUGUUCAGUAGCUCUGGCCUUUCUGCAGAGACUCAAGCUUUGAUGAACAAGCUCGGGUUCGAUGUCGGUGAAAAGAAGGCGGAGAACAGUGAUGUACUCGACGAGACGAAAAUCUUCUUCUGCUCGAGGACGCAUUCGCAGCUAACUCAGUUUUCAAAUGAGCUAGCCAGAGUGAAGAUGCCUCCUGCACUCUUGCUGGAUGAUAAAUCAGAUAGCGCUGACGUUGGCGAGUUCACGGAAGAUGUUAAGCAUCUGACUCUCGGUUCGAGAAAGAACUUAUGCAUCAAUCCAAAGGUUAGUCGCCUGGGUAACGCAACAGCCAUCAACGAACGAUGUCUCGAACUGCAGAAAUCUACCAGCAGCGAGAGCAAAUGUCCUGCGUUGCCUACGAAAGACAACGAGGCUUUGUUGAACGAUUUCCGUGACCAUGCGCUGGCAAGGAUCCAUGACAUUGAGGACCUAGGAGCUCUUGGCAAGAAGCUUGGAAUCUGUCCAUAUUAUGCUUCACGGCCGGCUACCAAAUUCUGCGAGAUCAUCACUCUACCGUAUCCUUUGCUUCUCCAAAGAUCUGCCCGCGAGGCGCUCGGUCUUUCUUUGAAGAACCACGUAGUAAUCAUCGACGAAGCGCAUAAUCUGAUGGACGCUAUAGCUGGAAUACACUCCGUUCAGGUUUCAUUGUCUCAAGUUCAGCAGGCUCGGACUCAGCUCACGGCCUAUUUACAGAAGUUCAAAAACCGGCUCAAGGGCAAGAACCGCGUCUAUGUUGCCCAGAUCAUCCGCGUUCUUGAUUCCAUCAUCUUGUAUAUGCAAUCGAUCAGCACAAAUUCGAAAGCAAAUGAUGGCUUGGUCCAAAUAGCCUCCAUUAUGUCUGGCAAGGGUGUUGAUCAGAUCAAUAUCUUCAAGCUCAAUGCGUAUCUUCAGGAGAGUAAACUAGCGCGAAAAGUUGACGGCUACACAGCGUAUGCAGACGUUAUAGAAAAAGAACGCGCAGUGUCGAAACAUACUGAUGGCACAAGUCAAACUUCUCGGCACACUGUGCCGGUGCUUAUGCACGUACAAUCAUUUCUCCUAUCCUUGAUGAAUCCGUCAGCAGAAGGCCGUUUCUUUUACUCGAGGGAAGAUGGUCAUGAACUAUUAUUGCGGUACAUGCUUCUCGACCCCACAUAUCACUUCAAAGAUAUCGUGGAAGACGCAAAAGCCGUGGUAUUGGCAGGCGGGACAAUGUCUCCAAUGAGCGACUACGAACAACAUCUUCUCCCUUACCUCGAUCCUGCAAAAAUUCAGACUCUGUCUUGCGGGCAUGUCAUACCACCAUCGAAUCUGCUGGCAGUGCCGAUAGUGCAAGCUUUGAAUGGUGCUGAUUUUGAUUUCACAUUUGAGGGUCGGAGCAAGGAGAGUACCAUCGUCAACCUCGGGCAAGCUGUCCUCAGCAUGGCUCAGCACAUUCCUGAUGGUUUAAUCGUCUUCUUCCCAAGCUACGCGUACCUGGAUACCUGCAUUGCGACGUGGAAACAUGCGUCUGCACCGCCCACCAACUCCACUUUCUGGGAUCGAUUUGCGCAAACAAAGCCCAUCUUUCUCGAGCAGCGCAGUGACCAGCAAUCCGCAAACAAGGCCCCCGUAUCAAGAGAAGCGGCUGUUGAUUCCGUUCUUACCGCAUAUAGCGCAGCUGUCGCGUCAGGAAACGGUCGAGGCGCACUUCUCUUUGCAGUGAUUGGCGGCACGCUCUCCGAAGGCAUCAACUUCAGUGACACUCUAGGCCGUGGUGUCAUCGUUGUGGGUCUACCCUUUCCUAAUCCGCACUCAGCCGAGUGGAAAGCAAAGCUGCAGUAUAUCUCUUCGAAAGAGACUGCACGAGGUGGAGAUGGCAAGGCCGCAGCAAGGGAGUUCUUUGAGAAUGCAUGUAUGCGUGCUGUCAACCAAUGUGUUGGCCGUGCAAUCCGACACAAAGGCGACUACGCGGCGAUUAUGAUGUUAGAUAAGAGGUACGGCGGCGAACGCAUCCAAAGCAAACUGCCGAAGUGGAUCAGAGGGAGUUUGAUGGCAGCAACGAGCGUGAAAGAAGUGGAGAGGAGACUCGAUCAGUUCUUCGCUGUAAAGAGAUAG